UGGUCACUGGCACUACAUUGGAGCUCACGGCUCUGCCAGGAACCAGUCGUCGACCUCGACCGCGCGCUCCUGGACCUGCAGCCAGUGCCACCACGUGAACACGAGUCCGAAGGCGUGCCAGACAUGCGGGCUCAAGCGCACGUACGGCGAGGUGGUCAAGAACGGCCCCAAACCUUCUACACCUCCCACGGCUGCAUCCCAGCAGAACCCAGUGCGCGCGCAGCUGUCCACCAUCACGGACACGCUGACCAAGCUCCACGAGUCACCUACUAUUACUUCGCCUGCGGAGCGCUCGCCGGCGAAGGAUCCCGUCCACUCCCAGGGCGACGUGCUGACCAAAGCCCAGCUCCAGGCCCGCGUCAAGCAGCUCGAGCAUGUUCUGGCUACGAUCCCCGAGGACGAUGCCGAGUUGGCUUCCGAGCGCAUCUCGCUCACGACGCGCCUCGACGACUACAAGCGCCAGAUCGUGGGCUCCAAGCCGAUCGGCGCCCGCAUCGACGGCACGAGGGCUGCGCUGGGACGUGCGCGGGCUCGCCGCGAGGAGGCCGAGCAGGCCCUCAAGGCGUCCACGCUUUUGGUCAAGCAGUCCACCGACGAGGUGACCGCCUUGGAGGCCGAGCUGAGCGAGCUCGAGGCGUCCCUGGCCGCUGCCCCUCCCAUGGCGGUGGAGGCGCCUGCCCCAGCGUCCCACGCAUUCGAGAUCCUGAACCAGAUGAUCGAGCACUUGAAGCAGGACGAGCACGUCCACCCUGGCCACGUCCAGGCAGCGACGCAGCACGUCCAGCAGCUUUUCGAGUGCUUCCAGGCCACGCUGAACCAGGCCGCGGCCACUCGUGCUGCUGCCGCGGGGGUCCAGCCCACUCCUGCCGGCUACAGCGUGAAGACGAUGGCGACUGCGGCUGCGACGCCCACGACAGUGCGCGGUCCUGCCGGCGGUUCUCUGGUGCGGCACCAUGGCAAGCAGAAGCCCAAGGAGCUGAUCACCGAUUACUUCACGAAGCGCAAGGUCGUGAAGUCCAUCACCAAGGACACGUCGGCCAGCUCCGCGGCAGCUCCGCGCACCGCCUCCGAGCAGACCAUUGCCACCGGCAACGUCUGCACCCUCCGACCGCAUGAGGAAUCCGCUGCUGGCGUCCAGGUCGCUUUCCAGCUCAUGCUCGGGAAGGUCCAGAUCCUCGAGCAGUAUUUCAUUGACGCUCACCUCGACUACGUCUUCCUGCAGGAAGGGCGCGCUCGUGUCGAAGAGGUUCACACGGGCCUCCACUACACCAUGUAUGUCGGGGCUGGCGACGACGACGGCGGCCACGGGUGCCAGAUCUGGAUUCGCGCCCGGUCGGGCUUCAAAGUCUCCUCGUACGCAACGGUGUCCCCCCGUCUGUUCUGGUUGACAGGCCGCGACGCUUGCGGGUUGCCGCUGAUCCUUGUCAGCGCGCACGCCCCCACUGAGGCAUCACCAGCCACUGAACGCGAGGGAUUCUGGGACACGCUGCCGAGCACGAUGUCCUCCCUGCAACGCCGCACGCCCACCGCCAAGAUCUACAUGGGCAUCGAUGCCAACGCACGUGUUGGCCCGCACCACUCUGGCGCGACGGGGCCGUGUGACCCUGAGGAGAUCUCCCAGAACGGCGCUGCGCUUAUCGCCACGCUCCAGGAACUCCAGCUGGCCGCCCUGAACACUUUCUUCAAUGUCGGCUAUACUUGGCGCUCUGGGAAGGGCCCCACGUCGCGGAUAGAUUACUUGUGCGGACCUUUAGUGGACCUCCCGGCCGUCCACAAAGUGUACGUCCCCGAGCAGGUUCAGCUGUCCAUCACUACACGCGAGGACCACCGCAUGGUCGCUGCACACAUGACCGCCCCCACGCGUGGUGGCGACACUGUGGGCCCCCCCGCGCCGUUCCGCUUCAACAAGUGGCGCCUCGAUGACACCGCGUGCGUGCAGCAGUUUGCGCGACACAUGUCCGAGCUGCGUCUGUCGACCCAUGGCGACAUUGACGACAAGACCACGACCUUCAUGGACCACGUCCGCUCCUCGGCACUGCAAGCCUUUGGCCGCCCGCAAGAUCAACCCCGCCAGCCGUGGAUAUCUGGAGACACAUGGCGGCUGCUCCGUACCCUGGCCCCGUCGCGCAGGACGAUGUACCGGGCUCGUGCCGAGAUCUUCAAGGCGCAUUGCCACCUCGCCUUCCUGAGCUGGGCAGCCCUGUGCCCCUCCACGUUCUCGUUGACUAACGCUCCCCCCGCGCGAUUGGGCUGGGCGGCCAAGUGCGUGCUCCCCUCCCUGCGAGCACUCCGGCAGCAGUGGCGCCUGCUGAACGCCGCCACCACCCGCCUCUGCAGCCAGCUCACAGAGGCGCAGCUGGCUGCCGUUCGCCGGGAUUGGCGCACUACCUUUGGCAUCGUGCGCGCGCUCAGUGGUCGGAGCGCCAGCUCCUCCACGCAUCCAGUCCGCCUGAAGUCUGGAGCUCUGUCCAGCACCGAGGCGGAGCGGCAGGGGCGUUGGCAGGAACAUGUCCGGGACGUCUUCAAUGGCAAGCCGGUCACCAUGGCCGAGCUGAAGCUCAAGCCGACGCCUCCGCCGGACCCCUUCACCAGCGGCAUCGUCGUCCUCCCCGAUGCCGUGGGCGCGUCGCUCCUCCAGCUUGGGCGCAACAAGGGGGUAGGCCGCGAUGGCGUCCCCUCGGAGCUGCUGGUGGCCGGCGGCGACGCCGUCAACGAACCCCUGGCGUCCAUCUUCCAGGACAUCAUCGACGGCGAGCGCUGGCCAACCUCCUGGACAGGCGGGCGCAUGCAGAACGUAUACAAGAAGAAGGGGCCGCGCGAGGAGCGCGACGAGUCCCGCGGGAUUGUCCUCGAGGACCACGCGGCCAAAGGCUUCAAGCAGCUCCUCAGUGGCCUCGUGACCCCCGUGUACAACGCCCACACGCCUGAGUCCCAGCAUGGGGCUGUUGCUGGCCGCGGUACCGACCUCGCUGCACACCUCGCCCGGUCUUUCUGCGACUACUGCACCGCCAAGGGGCUCUCAUGCUUCGUCUGGUUCGUGGACCUUGUCAAGGCGUUUGACCGGGUCGUGCGCGAGAUCGUUCUGGGCUGGCCCCAUGCCGCCACAGACCCAGAACAAUAUCUACGAGACCUUGGUCUCAGCGAUCAUCAGGCCCAGUGGAUUGCUACUUGGGUUGCUCGCCAUGGAUGCCUGUUCGAGCAGUGGGGCGUGUCGCCGAAGGUGAUCCGGCUGCUCAAGAACAUGCACGCGGCCUCGUGGUUCUCUUACGGCGAUUGCGACGCCGCCGUCGCCGCGCUGGUCGGCGGCCGUCAGGGCUGCAAGUACGGCGCCAUGGUAUUCAACAGCACGUUCUCCCUGGCCAUGGUCUUGAUCCGGGAUGCCUUGCUCGACGCUGGCAUCAUUCUGCGGCUGCCCAAAGGGCGUGAUGCGUUCUGGGCGCCGCCAGAGAGCGGCGCCGACCACGCCGAAGACACCAUGCCAGUGGUCGACGCCGCAUUCGUCGACGACGAGUGCUUCAUGCUGACGGCCCCCCGCGCGGCCGACCUCGACAGCGCGAUCGACGUCAUAUUUACGGCAGUCUGCAAUAUUUACGAGAGCAUGAACUUGACGAUCAAUUGGAAGCCUGGCGAAUCGGAAUGCUUCUUGGUCUAUCGCGGCACUGGCGCCAUUUCGUGCUUGGAGAAGCGACGCGUCCAGCGCGGCGGUGGCCUUGCGAUAGCGGUUCCUGGUCGCAACGUGCUCUUGCAUGUCGUCCCUAAGUACACCCAUCUCGGAGGCGCCCUGUGCUCCAAUGGCUCGCUCGGCCCUGCUGCUCAGCAUCUUCGCGGCGCGGCCAUGAAGAGCUACGCCCCGCUUGCAACCAAGCUUUUCGGCAGCCCCGUGGUGUCCGACGACCUCAAAUUUUGGAUGAUGCAAAGCUUGAUCCUGAGCCGGUUGUUGCACAAUGUCCACAUCCUCGUGCCGACUCGACGGUUCACUCUCACCAUCAACGCCGUGUACAUGCGAGUUCUCCGGAGGAUCGCCGGGGCGCCUCGCUUUGGGCACACUGUCCACGAUGUCACGGUACGCGAUCGUCUUGGGAGGGCGAGCGUCGAUUGCUUGAUGAUGCGCGCUCGUCUGCGGUAUCUUGGCCGCUUGCUGCGGUCGCAGCCGUCGGCCCUGCUGGCGAUGCUGAGCACGCGUCCCAAAGAUCGACCGUUGCCUUGGGCACAGCUGCUGACCACGGACAUGUUGAAGCUACGGGAGCUGGUUGCACUAUGCUCGCACCUCCCUUGCCCCACAGCCGGCGCAUCGAUAUGGACUGAGUUCAUUUUGGCCUCUCCCGGGCGUUGGUCCGGUGCGGUGAGCGCCCUUCACUUCGUUGACUCGUGCUGCGAUGCCGCCGCUGCCGCUCCAGCGUCUACGGCUGGCGGCACUCGCCCGCAUGUCUGCGCGAUUUGUGACAGCCGCUUCGCGUCUGCGAAGGCGCUGAGUCAGCAUAUGCGCAUCAAGCGUGGCCAAAAGUGCCUGCAACGAUUUUGGGCGCCAGCUGAUGCCACGUGCCUCGCUUGCGGCACUUCGUUCGGGGGCCGCCUCCGUCUCCUGUCUCACUUGUGCGAUUCGAGCCGGCCCAAGUGCUGGGACGAAAUUCGGGCAAACCGCAAGCGUUUCCCACCGCUUCUGGAUUCUGUCGUCGCGAAGCUCGACUUCAUGGAUCAGGGGAGCGUGGCCGUCCAGCUCUCCGAGGAGGAGCUCUGCUUCUGCACCAAGGGCCGCAGCCACGGCUGCGACGGGGGGUCCAUGGAGGAGGCCUGGUUCUUCGUGAAGGACAGGGGCCUGUCGACUGGGAGCCCGUACGCUCGGAGCGGCCCCGGCGGCAACAGGUCGGGCUACUGCAAGGCCUACUCGCUGCCGCCCUGCUACCACCACGCCGACGCCGCGCAGCGGACCGACGGCUCCCUCGCGUCGUGCGCGGAGAGGCAGGCGGGGGCGAGCCCCUCGUGCCCCGAGAGGUGCGACCCCGAGGCGCAGGCCCCCUACGACGACUUCGAGAAUGCCCGGUACCGCUUCCGCGGGCCCAUGAUGUUCUUCAUCGGCUUCGGCGGCGAGAUCGACGAGAUUGCACGGCAGAUGAUGGCCCACGGCCCCGUGCAGACCUCCCUGAAGGUCCACCCGACGUUCGAGAUGUACAUCUCCGGGAUCUACCACCGCCUCGGGGGGGAGGCCUUCAUCGGGUGGCACGCCGUGAAGAUGGUCGGCUGGGGCACCGAGAAUGGCACCAAGUACUGGCGGGUGCAGAACAGCUGGAACUCUCAUUGGGGAGAGGACGGGUACUUUCGCAUCGUGAAGGGCGUCAACGAGUGCGAGAUCGAGAGCGACGUCAUAGCGACCCACGGCGACGCCGUGUGGUCUGGGCCGGGGGCAUCUGAGGACGCCCAGCUGCGGGCCCGCCGGAAGUCGAGGGCCACAGCCAGGGGCCGCUGAGCUUGGGUUGCUCGCGCCUCCUGCGCACGUGGUUUUGCACGCAGCAGCGGGCCCAGGCGCCCGCAUGACCAUGGAGCCGAGGCCUUGGUGCAGCCAAAAAUGAGCA